CGACCAUUUUGCAACUUUCUAAAGUUUCCACCGUUCAAUGCGAGAAGUCCCUGACGUCACCGGGGGGACUCGGAAGGAAAAGUUCGUGACGUCGAUUUGCUAAGAAGUACAACUAUUUGUAGCUUUAAAAAAAAAAUAAUAAUAAUAAAUAAAUACAAAUAAAUAAAUAAAAAAGGCCAUCUUGCGCGCGCGUGUGUGCAGUUCAGCGUCCAGUUGCGCUAAUGGUGGCUAGGCGGCGUCCCUCCGCAUAUCCGCACCGGAGCGGGACGAAGCGCCGACCCCGCUCUGACGUGUUCAGCCUUCGACCGAACGAGUUCCUCUGAGCUCGAAGCAGACGGAGGACGAGUGCGCGUCCACAUUGCCCCCCUUUAUUUUCGCUAACAUUAGCUUAUUUAUGAUGAUGGCGAUUUUUCGUCGAGGCGGCUGGCUGCAGUUCGGCUCCGAAGGGCGUCGAAGCGACCUCGCGUUCCAACUCAAGCGGGCCUCGGGGCGCGACGAAACUUCGCAGCCUCGGGCUGUCAAUUGUCACACCUCCCAUGCCGCGAGGGUGCGACAAUGUGCACGGGCUCGGCUAAAAGGCAAGCGUUGCCCUCAGGACAAGCGGCACAAAACCCCCUUUAUUAUUAUUAUUAUUAUUAUUAUUAUGAUCAUCAUUGUUAUUUACAGAUAGCAUACUUCCACUCAUUCCAAUAAAUAACCCACCAAACAACAUCAUCAAAUGUUCGCCACGAAAUAGCAUCUCGAAGAAGAAGAAUUAGAAGAAGAAGAAGAAGACGAAUUACAAGAAGAAGAAGAAGAAGAAGAAGAAGCAGAACCUCCCAGAGGCAUAGAACAUAGACAUUUCACGCAGGUCAUCUUUCGCGACACCGUCGGGGGGAGGGGGGGCAUGGAUAUAGAAAUAGGCCUGUCACGAUAAUUACCAUAUCGACUUAUCGUUCGGUAAACAGAACGGACACGAUAAAAGUCCCACACAGACGCUGGCCGCUUGGCAAAAUCAAGAAAUACAGAAAUAACACUGUCUUCGUUGACAGAUAAUAAUGACCAGUUGCAUCGUACACAAACGCAUUCCAGCUGCCCUCGAAAUGAUCAAUCAUCUUUCAGGCAUUUGAAACUUCCCAGUAGACCGCAGUCGUCGUUUUGUUUGAUUCAGUUGAGACUUGUUGAGGUGUGAGACUGUUUUUUUUCUUCUCUCCUCUUCUCAUUGAUUGCUUUUUUGUUCAUCUGCUCCUCCUAAACCCGCAAAGCUCACCUCCUCUAACUCAUCCCAAACGGAAGACCCGGGUGGCUAAUUUCACAUCAAACCAUCUUGGAACUUGCGCGUGUGUGUCGGGCGGACGUGCAGAGCAGACAUCAUGGUGGCCUUGUCGUUAAAGAUUGGAGUGGGCAACGUGGUCAAGACCAUGCAGUUCGAGCCGUCCACCAUGGUGUAUGAUGCCUGCCGCAUCAUCAGGGAGAGAGUUACAGAGGCACAACUCGGACAGCCCAAUGACUAUGGACUGUUUCUCUCUGAUGAAGACCCAAAGAAAGGCAUUUGGCUCGAGGCCGGAAAAGCUCUAGACUACUACAUGUUGAGGAAUGGGGACACUCUGGAGUACAAGAAGAAGCAGCGGCCUCUCAAGAUCCGUAUGCUGGAUGGGACUGUGAAGACUGUCAUGGUGGACGAUUCCAAGAUUGUCAGCGACAUGCUCAUGACCAUUUGCGCCAGGAUAGGCAUUACAAACUAUGACGAGUACUCGCUGGUGCGGGACAUCGGCGAGGAGAAGAAGGAGGAGACCACGGGUACUCUUAAAAGAGAGAAGACACUGCUCAGAGACGACAAGAAGAUGGAGAAGUUAAAGCAGAAGCUCCAUACAGAUGACGAACUGAACUGGUUGGACCAUGGGCGGACCUUGAGGGAACAAGGUGUCGAGGAGACAGAAAUGUUGUUGCUCAGGAGGAAGUUCUUCUACUCAGACCAAAAUGUGGACUCCAGAGACCCCGUCCAGCUCAACCUUCUCUAUGUGCAGGCUCGCGACGACAUUCUAAAUGGGUCUCACCCAGUCUCCUUUGACAAGGCCUGUGAGUUUGCUGGUUACCAGUGUCAGAUCCAGUUUGGGGACCAUAACGAGUCGAAACACAAACCUGGAUUCUUAGAUUUAAAAGAGUUUCUUCCCAAAGAGUACAUCAAACACAAAGGAGAGAAAAAGAUCUUCCAGGCACACAAAAACUGCCAAAACAUGACAGAGAUUGAGGCCAAAGUCAGCUAUGUGAAGCUGGCCAGGUCUCUUAAAACCUAUGGAGUAUCGUUUUUUUUGGUCAAGGAGAAGAUGAAGGGCAAGAACAAACUGGUACCACGUCUCCUGGGCAUCACCAAAGAGAGCGUGAUGAGGGUGGAUGAGAAAACGAAGGAGGUGAUACAGGAGUGGAACCUGACCAACAUCAAACGUUGGGCUGCUUCGCCCAAGAGUUUCACUCUGGAUUUUGGAGAUUACCAGGAUGGUUACUACUCGGUGCAGACCACCGAGGGGGAGCAAAUAGCCCAACUUAUUGCUGGUUACAUCGACAUCAUCCUGAAGAAGAAAAAAAGCAAAGACCACUUUGGACUGGAGGGAGAUGAAGAGUCAACCAUGCUGGAGGACUCUGUGUCACCUAAAAAGUCAACAGUGUUGCAACAACAGUUCAACAAAGUGGGUAAGGUAGAGACUGGCUCAGUGGCCCUGCCAGCCAUCAUGCGCUCAGGAGCUGGUGGUCCAGAGAGUUUCCAGAUGGGCUCCAUGCCUCAGGCUAAGCAGCACAUCACCAGUGGACAGAUGCACCGAGGACACAUGCCCCCACUGACUUCAGCUCAGCAAGCCCUGACCGGAACCAUCAACUCCAGUAUGCAUGCUGUCCAGGCUGCUCAAGCCUCUUUGGAUGACUUCGAUACCCUGCCCCCCCUGGGAACAGAUGCUGCAUCCCAAGCCUGGCGCAAAAACAAGAUGGACGAGUCGAAACACGAGAUCCAUUCCCAGGUGGAUGCUAUCACAGCAGGCACUGCCUCUAUGGUUAACCUCACUGCAGGUGACCCAGCAGAGACGGACUACACAGCAGUCGGCUGUGCUGUUACCACCAUCUCCUCCAACCUCACCGAGAUGUCAAAAGGUGUCAAACUGUUGGCAGCGCUCAUGGAGGAUGAAGGAGGAAACGGACAGCAGCUGCUGGGGGCUGCCAAGAACCUGGCCUGUGCUGUCUCUGACAUGCUGAAGACUGCCCAGCCUGCAAACACAGAGCCUCGUCAGAAUCUACUGCAAGCUGCGGGAAAUGUGGGCCAGGCCAGUGGAGAGCUACUCUCACACAUAGGAGAGACGGACACAGAUCCACAGUUUCAGGAUAUGCUGAUGCAGCUGGCUAAAGCUGUGGCUAAUGCCGCAGCAGCCCUUGUACUUAAAGCUAAAAACGUGGCCCAGAAGACAGAGGACUCGGCCCACCAGAACAGAGUUAUUGCUGCAGCUACCCAGUGUGCUUUGUCCACAUCUCAGCUGGUGGCCUGCACUAGGGUGGUGGCUCCAACCAUCAGCUCCCCAGUGUGCCAGGAACAGCUGAUAGAGGCAGGCAAGCUGGUGGCCAAGUCAGUGGAAGGUUGCGUGGAUGCCUCACAGGGGGCCACUAAUGAUGAGGGCCUCCUGAAGCAGGUGGGCGUGGCUGCAACAGGCGUCACUCAGGCAUUAAACGAGCUACUUCAACAUAUCAAACAGUACGCCAGUGGAGGCCAUCCCAUUGGGCGCCAUGGCGAAGCCACUGAUCGUAUUUUGGAUGUCACAGAGAACAUCUUCAGCUCAAUGGGAAAUGCUGGUGAGAUGGUUCGCCAGGCUCGUAUCCUUGCCCAGGCCACAUCUGAUCUGGUCAAUGCCAUCAAGAUGGAUGCAGAGGGAGAGUCAGACCUGGAAAAUUCACGAAAACUGCUAUCUGCUGCCAAACUUCUGGCUGAUGCUACUGCCAAGAUGGUGGAGGCGGCCAAGGGUGCGGCAGCAAACCCUGACAGUGAGGAGCAGCAGCAGAGGCUGCGAGAGGCGGCCGAAGGUCUCCGCAUGGCCACGAAUGCUGCUGCACAGAAUGCAAUCAAAAAACGUCUGGUCAACAAGCUUGAGAAUGCAGCAAGACAAGCAGCUGCAGCGGCUACUCAGACAAUAGCUGCAGCCCAACAUGCUGCCUCAUCCAACAAGAACCAGGCUGCCCAGCAGCAGCUGGUCCAAAGCUGCAAGGUGGUUGCAGAGCAGAUCCCUCAGUUGGUUCAAGGAGUCAGAGGAAGCCAGUCUCAGCCUGACAGCCCCAGUGCUCAGUUGACCCUCAUUGGUGCAAGCCAAAACUUCCUGCAGCCUGGAGCAAAGAUGGUCACCGCCUCCAAAGCCACAGUUCCCACCAUCAGUGACCAGGCUUCAGCAAUGCAGCUCAGCCAGUGUGCUAAGAACCUGGCAAGUGCCCUGGCUGAGCUACGCACUGCCUCACAGAAGGCCCAAGAGGCGUGCGGCCCGCUGGAGUUAGACAAUGCCCUGUCAAUCGUGAGACGUCUGGAGAAGGAUAUUCAGGAUGCCAGAGCUUCAGCUGAUGAAGGCAAACUCAAACCCCUACCAGGCGAGAACCUUGACAAAUGCUCCCAGGACCUUGGUACCAGCACUAAAGCAGUCAGCUCAGCCAUAGCCCAGUUGCUAAGCGAGGCCACUCAGGGCAAUGAGAACUAUACAGGUAUGGCAGCCAGGGAUGUGGCCCAGGCUCUGAAGUCCUUGGCCUCAGCAGCAAGAGGUGUCGCUGCCACCACAGAUGACGCAGGAGCACGUGCUGCUCUGCUGGACUGUGCCAGUGAUGUCAUGGAUAAGUCAGCCAACUUAAUUGAAGAGACCAAGAAGGCCAUCACUAAGCCAGGAGAUGCAGAGAGUCAACAAAGACUGGCCCAGGUGGCUAAAGCGGUCUCUCAGGCCUUGAACAGAUGCGUGAACUGCCUCCCCGGUCAGAGGGACGUGGACAACGCCAUUCGUACUGUGGGUGAAGCCAGCAAAGCUCUCCUGGCUGAUUCUUUUCCGUCCAGCGGAAGGAGUUUCCAGGAGGUUCAGGCGCAGCUUAAUGAAGUGGCAGCCAAUCUGAACCAGUCAGCCAACGAGGUUGUCCAGGCAUCUCGAGCGACCACCCAAGACCUGGCCAGGGCCACCGGCAAGUUCGGGCAAGACUUCAGCAACUUCCUGGAGGCUGGGGUCGACAUGGCGGGAACGUCACAAUCUAAAGAGGAUAAGACACAAGUGGUGUCCAACCUGAAGACCAUCUCAAUGUCAUCCAGCAAACUACUGCUGUCAGCCAAAGCGCUGUCUACUGAUCCCAACUCUCCCAACCUCAAGAACCAGCUGGCAGCAGCUGCUCGGGCAGUUACAGAUAGCAUCAACCAGCUCAUAACCAUGUGCACUCAGCAGGCGCCGGGUCAGAAGGAGUGUGACAAUGCCCUUCGAGAGCUGGAGUCGGUGAGGGGGAUGCUAGAGAACCCGACGGAAGCUGUCAACGAGCUCUCCUACUUUGACUGUAUCGACAGCGUCAUGGAAAACUCCAAGGUCCUUGGUGAAUCUAUGGCUGGUAUUUCCCACAAUGCCAAGAACUCCAAUCUGCCAGAGUUUGGUGACUCAGUCAGUUCUGGCUCCAAGGCCCUGUGUGGUUUGACUGAGGCUGCAGCACAGGCCGCCUAUCUGGUUGGAGUGUCAGACCCCAACAGUUCAGCGGGUCAGAAGGGUCUGGUGGAUCCUGCUCAGUUUGCCCGUGCUAACCAGGCAAUCCAGAUGGCCUGCCAGAACUUGGUGGACCCAGGCUGCACCCAGUCGCAAGUGCUCUCUGCAGCCACCAUUGUCGCCAAGCACACCUCUGCGCUAUGUAACGCUUGCCGCCUGGCUUCCUCCAAAACUCCCAACCCCGUUGCCAAGAGGCAGUUUGUCCAGUCCGCUAAAGAGGUGGCCAACACGACUGCGAACCUCGUGAAGUCGAUUAAGGCUUUGGAUGGAGCCUUCAAUCAGGAGAACAGAGAACGGUGUAAGGCUGCAACUGGUCCCCUGAUCGAAGCAGUGGACAACCUAACGGCCUUUGCCUCCAAUCCCGAAUUUGCUAGCAUUCCAGCUCAGAUCAGUCCUGAGGGUCAUGCAGCCAUGGAGCCCAUUGUAGCAGCAGCAAAGACAAUGCUGGAAAGUUCAACUGGCCUGAUCCAGACUGCGCGCUCGUUGGCCGUCAACCCCAAAGACCCCCCCAAGUGGUCUGUGCUUGCUGGACACUCAAGAACUGUAUCCGACUCCAUCAAGAAACUUAUAACCAACAUGAGAGAAAAGGCUCCUGGCCAGAGGGAGUGCGACGAUGCUAUUGAGGUUCUGAAUGGCUGCAUCCGUGAGGUCGACCAUGCUUCUCUCGCUGCCAUCAGCCAGCAAUUAACACCCCGAGAAGAUAUCUCCAUGGAGGCCCUUCAUGAGCAGAUGGCUGCCUCAGUCCACGAGAUUAGCAAUUUGAUAGAACCAGUCGCCGUGGCUGCUCGCUCUGAGGCUUCCCAGCUCGGCCACAAGGUAUCUCAAAUGGUCAGUUACUUUGAGCCCCUUAUCAUGGCCGCUAUCGGCACGGCGUCGAAGAUUCUGAGCAGCCAGCAGCAGAUGGCUGUCUUAGACCAAACUAAAACUCUCACAGAGUCAGCCCUGCAGAUGCUCUACACUGCCAAGGAAGCUGGAGGAAACCCCAAGGCAGCACACAUGCAGGAGGCUCUGGAGGAGUCAGUCCAGAUGAUGAAAGAAGCAGUCGAUGAUUUGGGGGCCACUCUGGCAGAGGCAGCCAGCGCGGCGGGGGCUGUGGGCGGCAUGGUGGACUCCAUCAACGACGCCAUCAAUAAGAUGGAAGAUGCACCCGCACUCGAACCGGAGGGCACCUUUGUGGACUACCAGACGACAAUGGUGAAGACGGCCAAGGCCAUCGCUGUUACCGUGCAGGAGAUGGUGACCAAGUCUAACACCAACCCUGAUGACCUUGGCGGAUUGGCCAACGAGCUGACUAAUGAGUUUGGAAAUCUGGCAAAUGAGGCAAAAUAUGCAGCGAUUACUGCUGAGAAUGAUGAGAUCGGUUGUCAUAUCAAGAAGCAGGUGGGUGAACUGGGUUUCAGCUGCACCGGUCUGGUGACCAAAGGUGGAGCUCUGCAGUGCAGCCCCAACGAUUCAUUCACCAAGAAGGAGCUGAUCGAAAGUGCUCGCAAAGUCUCAGAGAAGGUCUCGCACGUGCUGGCGGCCCUCCAGGCAGGCAACCGCGGCACCCAGGCCUGCAUCACCGCAGCCAGCGCUGUGUCUGGAAUCAUUGCCGACCUCGACACCACCAUCAUGUUUGCCACUGCUGGGACACUAAACAGAGAGAAUGCGGAGACCUUUGCAGACCACAGAGAAUACAUCCUGAAGACAGCCAAGGCUCUAGUGGAGGACACCAAGCUGUUAGUAUCUGGCGCCGGAGCCAGUCAAGAGAAACUGGCUCAGGCUGCCCAGUCUUCUGUGUGCACCAUUACCAAACUGGCUGAUGUGGUCAAACUGGGAGCUGCCAGCCUUGGUUCUGAAGAUCCAGAGACCCAGGUGGUCCUCAUCAACGCAGUGAAAGAUGUGGCCAAAGCUCUGGGCAACCUGAUCAGCAGCACCAAGGCAGCUGCAGGCAAACCUCAUGAUGACCCCAGCAUGCUCCAGCUUAAGAAUUCUGCUAAGGUGAUGGUGACUAACGUCACGUCGCUCCUGAAGACGGUGAAGGCUGUCGAGGACGAAGCCACAAAGGGGACGAGAGCUUUGGAGGCCACGAUCGAACACAUCAGACAGGAGCUGGCUAUAUUCAGUAGCUCAGACCCACCGGCAAAGACGACCACGCCGGAGGAGUUCAUUCGAAUGACUAAAGGGAUCACUAUGGCAACGGCUAAGGCAGUGGCCGCCGGGAACUCUUGUCGCCAGGAGGACAUCAUCGCCACUGCAAACCUCAGCAGGAGGGCCAUUGCUGACAUGCUGCACUCUUGCAAGCAAGCUGCCUACCAUGCAGAGGUGAAUACGGAGGUCCGGAUGAGAGCCCUGCGCUAUGGCAACGAAUGUGCAACUGGAUACCUGGGACUCCUGGAGCAUGUACUGGUGGUUAUCCAGAAGCCGUCUCACGAUAUGAAGCAGCAGUUGGCCAGCUACUCCAAGAGGGUUGCAGGCUCUGUGACCGAGUUGAUCCAGGCGGCAGAGGCCAUGAAAGGCACCGAAUGGGUGGAUCCUGAGGAUCCUACUGUCAUCGCUGAGAAUGAGCUGCUUGGCGCAGCAGCAGCUAUUGAAGCAGCUGCCAAGAAACUGGAGCAGCUGAGACCCAGGACCAAACCCAAGGAGGCGGACGAGAGCUUGAACUUUGAGGAGCAAAUUCUCGAGGCGGCCAAGUCCAUCGCCGCUGCCACCAGUGCCCUGGUUAAAGCUGCUUCCGCGGCACAGAGGGAGCUGGUGGCUCAAGGGAAGGUGGGAGCCAUCCCAGCCAAUGCAGUAGACGAUGGACAGUGGUCUCAGGGUCUGAUUUCUGCCGCUCGAAUGGUAGCCGCGGCCACCAACAAUCUUUGCGAGGCUGCCAACUCGGCGGUUCAGGGGCACGCAAGUGAGGAGAAGCUCAUAUCUUCCGCCAAGCAGGUGGCCGCCUCCACUGCUCAGCUGCUCGUGGCCUGCAAGGUCAAGGCUGACCAAGACUCCCAGACCAUGAAGAGGCUUCAGGCCGCCGGGAACGCUGUGAAGAGAGCGUCGGAUAACCUGGUGAAGGCAGCGCAGAAGGCGGCGUUUGAUGCUCAGGAUGACCAAGCGGUGGUGGUCAAAAGCAAGAUGGUGGGAGGUAUCGCUCAGAUCAUCGCCGCACAAGAGGAGAUGCUCCGCAAAGAACGGGAGCUGGACGAGGCCAGGAAGAGGCUGGCCACGAUCAGGCAGCAGCAGUACAAGUUUCUCCCCUCCGAGCUGCGGGAAGACGGUCAGGAGCAGUGAGAGAGUCCGUCGCCGGCGCGACGGUGAUCCGCGGAAUGCUCGGGGCCUUCGCUCGGCUACGUGUAGAAAGACAGAGCGGGAAACAUCGACUCUCGAUUCCACGGCAACGAUUCUGAAUUUGUCCCUGUAAUUAAGUCGUCGUCAAAGUGAAAUGUGGUACAACACAGAAAUAGAUGUAUAUGCCUCAAGUCCUCGCAAGGUAUCUAUGCUUUUUGAUAUGUACUGUAUGGUUAUAUACUUUUCAAAAAUAUCGGCCUGGCUUUUAUCGUUCUUUUUAUUUUCCACGUAUUUCGGACAUGCCCACGGUGCCUCCAUAAAAAGUCAGAGGUCUUCCUAUAAGGUCCGAGCACGAGUCCGCCUCCAUAAGUCGAACUUGAGACAGUUUGUAGGUAAGCGCGUCCUGUGCUUUAUAUCAAAAGCUCUACGCAAAUGUUAUGCGAGGGGGGGGGGGGGGGGGGGGGGAACGUCUCAAAACGUUGACAAUAUUUGCAACAUUAGUUCAUCGUUUGGAAUUGAAAGCGGCGACAUUGCGAUGGAUCGAAUAUUUCCGGCAGAUUUCGCCAUCCGGCUUUCGUUCGCGUUUGCCAACAUAGUUUUUGGAAAUUAAACAGCGACGGUAUUUACUCUUGACUUAUAUUCGAGAGACCGGUCAAAAAUCGCCGGGCCUUAUAUUUAACAUCGUAUUUGCUGUAUUUGGGUGUGAAAUGAUUCAUUGAACCUUUGCCAAAGUAUCGAGUGUGAUCCAUAACUAAUGACCGUUUAGGGGAUCCCCGUCGUACUGCAUAGUUCGAGGAUGUCGGUCUAUGCGUUUUUUGUUGUUGUUUUUUUUUUUUUUUUUUUUUUUUUUUUAGGUUACGUCAUGCUUUCCCUUUACUAAAGAGCCGAACGUUAGAUCACUAUUUUCCCCAGCCUAUACUUGUUUUUGAAAGUGCCUUUAUAUUGAAUGCAACACGUAAUUCCAUACGUUCUCCGAUGCCUGUCAUUUAUCCUCCAAUGCACUUAUUCACUUCCUUAAUUGAACAGAGCAUCGUUCCAAUUCACCGUUUCAAGAAUAUUUGCCUCCUUCAGAAUCGGUAAUUUUACAAAGUCGAUCUUUCACAUUGUGACUGGUAUAAAUAUAAUGUUGGUGUAAAACAGUACUACACGGUGGUAUACUGUAAGGGCCGCGUCUAUGCAAUAAAGCCAGUUUUCAUUGGAA